ACGCAGGCCACGAAAAGACCCACAAGUCAAUCUCCGAAGAAGCUUCAGCGGGUGAAGACGCGUCUCCAGUCUCCGGUCGUCCGGUUCUCCAAAAAAACACUCAGUCUGAUAACGUGAUUCGGACGGUGAACGUCGCUACGUCGCGUUGCCGCUUGAUAUUCCGGAUAUAUGAUCGCAUAUAUAUAAUAUAUAUAAUAUCUCGCCAUGAAGUCGAUGUGCUGUGUUAGUGCUGUGAUCACACUCCUGCCCCUUGUGCUCCUCCCUCCGCCCACUGGCGCCCAGUUUAAUCAGCGCAGGCAAGUUCGCCAGAACUGCAUCACCCCCGAGAGCUAUUAUGGCAGUUGCGUGGCCCUGACCUACUGCCCCCAGGUGGUGAACAUCUUCCAGACCACCAGCAGGGAUCGGGCCCAGCGGUAUGUGAUCGCCCUGCAACGCAGCUGUGGCACCCGCAACAUCAACGGGGAUCCGGUGAUUUGCUGCACUGAACCCAGAUAUAACCCGGUCACAGAACGUCCACGGAAUCCCUUCUUCCCCAGCGAGCCAACCUUCAUUGGUCCACAGCCGCCGCCGGAAGUUCCAGACAAUCCCUUCCUGAUCCCCACGCCCAGGACUACGACCACCACGACAACCACGACGACUACCACUCCAGCUCCCAUUCCGGAAACCUCGGCGGCUCCUCUUAUAGAACCACGGGGAACCGUUUGUCGCGGACCAGAUACAAAACCAGGAAACUGUGUGGAAAUCAAGGAGUGUGCCUCACUGCUGAAUGAGCUAAGGUCAAGGUCGCAGGACGCGACCUUUGCAAAUUUCCUGCGUGCCUCGAACGCGGUUUGCCAGAACAAGGGCACCCAGGUGUGCUGUCCCACUGGCCAGGGCAUCACCCACACCACUCCGGCACCGUCUCAAAUAAUACCCGAAAACACGGACGAAAUACCACGACGGCUGCUUAAUGUGGAGGAGGGAUGUGGCUCUACGGUGGGAUACUACAAGAAGAUUGUGGGCGGUGAGGUAAGUCGCAAGGGGGCGUGGCCCUGGAUCGCACUCCUCGGAUAUGAUGAUCCCUCCGGAUCGCCGUUCAAGUGCGGAGGAACCCUAAUCACCGCCAGGCACGUGCUCACCGCGGCCCACUGCAUCAGGCAGGAUCUGCAAUUUGUCCGUUUGGGAGAACAUGAUCUGUCCACGGACACGGAGACUGCCCAUGUGGACAUUAACAUAGCAAGGUACGUAUCCCAUCCGGACUACAAUCGCCAGAAUGGACGCAGUGACAUGGCCAUCCUUUACCUGGAGCGAAACGUGGAGUUCACCAGCAAGAUCGCUCCCAUCUGCCUGCCGCACACGGCCAAUCUGCGCCAGAAAUCCUACGUGGGCUACAUGCCGUUCGUCGCCGGGUGGGGAAAGACGGUGGAGGGCGGUCAGUCCUCCCAGGUGCUUAAUGAGCUCCAGAUCCCCAUCUACGAGAACGAUGUGUGCGCGCGGAGUUACGCGAAGGAGAAGCGCUACUUCUCAGCGGAUCAGUUCGACAAGGCCGUACUCUGCGCCGGAGUCCUGUCCGGUGGCAAGGAUACGUGCCAGGGCGACUCCGGUGGCCCGCUAAUGCUGCCAGAGCAGUAUCAAGGCCAACUACGGUUCUAUCUGAUUGGCGUGGUGUCCUACGGCAUCGGUUGUGCCCGACCAAAUGUGCCUGGAGUUUACUCCAGCACACAGUACUUCAUGGACUGGAUCAUCCAACAGGUCCGGGACACACCCUGAUUUGCCAUCGCCCUCGUGCUUCACCUAGCUCAUAAGAUCCCUAACUUAAAGCAAACCCAUAACCAACCGAAAACUUGUUCAAUGAGAACAAAACGAUUGAUUUAAGAUUCAUUAUGAUAUUAAACGCUUCAAUACGAUUUUAUAAUCCUUAA